UUGACAUCAUUAAUAUACUAAAUUAAAUAUCACUCUUUUUUCUCUCUAUUUCUUUGUCUUUCAUAUGUCUAUUUAGUGUUUGAAAGGCUACACAUAUUUUUCUUUUAGAUAUGUUGACUUAUUUAUAUAUAUAUACACCCCCAAAACAAAUCUGCGGUCCAGAUUAUUCUAUCACCAAUAAAAUUCAACAAACUUAGUCCCUUGUUAACUCACAUGCAAAAUAAAUUGUGAACACUAACACACACCUUCCUCUCACUCCCUCAUCCCAAAAAUCCACACAACUCACAACAAAUCUCAUUGCAUUUCUUUUCUUUUUCACACCUCUGUUUCUCACAGAAAGUACUCAAACCUUAGCAACAACAAAAACAUGUCUAGCUCCAAAAAAAAGCUAACAUUGAACACUGUUUCAGUGAACCUAGGUUGUGGAACAUGUAAAAGACCAAAAUUUAGUCUCAUAUUCAAUCCAAAACCAAAACCAAAGAAACCCAUUUACCAAAAAAACAAACUUCACCACCAUGACAAUAAUAAUAAUAAUAAUUCUUCUUGUUCAUUCUCACCUUGCUCUGUUUCCUCAGAAAAAUCAUCACUGAAAGGAUUUGGAAGAGUUGGAAAUGAAGGUGUUGCAGUAGAGAAAGAUUCUGAUGACCCUUAUCUUGAUUUCAGACAUUCAAUGCUACAAAUGAUAUUGGAGAAUGAGAUAUACUCUAAAGAUGAUCUUAGAGAGCUUUUGAACUGUUUUCUUCAGCUUAAUUCGAAGGAAUUCCAUGGGAUUAUUAUCAGAGCUUUUACUGAGAUCUGGAAUGGAGUCUUCUCUGUUAACUCUACUUUCUCACCUGCCUUCCACCAUAACAGUCAAAUCGUGACGAUAAAACGGGGACGACGGUGGAUUGUGAAGUCGACGUUAGAAGAAAGUUCAGGAAUCCAAGUUGCAAGUGUUCACGAUAUGGAGGUUAGGGAAUACAAUGAAGAGGUUUAGAACACAGAGGUUAGGGAAGCCAGAGAAGCAAAUGUUGGGGAGAUAAAACGUACAAGAUUUUUUUAUAUGUUUUAAGUCUGCCUUAAGACGUUUAUGAAUGUAAGUUGUAAGUGUUCACGAUAUGGAGGUUAGGGAAUACAAUGAAGAGGUUUAGAACACAGAAGUUAGGGAAGUCAAAGAAGCAAAUGUUGGGGAAGAUAAAACGUACGAGAUUUUUUUUAUAUGUUUUAAGUCUCCUCCCUUAAGUCGUUUAUGAAUAUAAUCGCAUUAAACAAGUUUCAAAUA